AUGACUUAUGUCCUGCUUUCAUUAACAACAUAUUUCAUUUUUUGUACAGGAAAUGAUUUAAUGAAGACUGAUGAAAAGCCUCCAAGAGAUGAUGACUCUUUUUGCGGUAAAGCAGAUUGUCCACUAUACGGUUCUUGCGUGGAUUGCAAAUUUCCAGAAUGUGAAUACGGAGCCGUAAUAACUGUAAAUUGCACUACGAAGAGGCAGUGUGCUGGUCAGUAUACAUUGCAAAAAGAAGCAAAAUGCCGGUAUUGUUGGCAGACUGAUGUUACAGAGCAUCACUGCGUUCCGAUACGCAACUGUUCGACAGUGGCUACUCGGCUAUUUCGCACAACGUGUCAGGUACAUCAGUGGGUCAUAUGCAAAGGUCGACGAGCCUUCUACAAGAAUGUGAGAUGCAACUGGUCCUCGGGAUACAGCUGGUGGAAAGCGAUGUUCCUUUCAAUUACACUUGGAGGCUUUGGUGCCGAUCGUUUUUACUUGGGAAUGUGGAAAAGUGCAAUAGGAAAACUAUUUAGCUUUGGUGGCUUGGGUAUUUGGACAUUCGUAGAUGUUGUCUUGAUUGGUGUUGGUUAUAUUGGACCAGCUGAUGGUUCUCUUUACAUUUAA